AUGGUAGUUUUUGAAACAUUAAGGAAGGUGAAGCGUUUAAGGUUGUUUGAACCGUCUUUGGUUGUGGUUGGAUUUUUCCUAGUUUUUGUGAUUACUACAUGUUGUUUCUUCUACUUAAAUUUUAAAGAAUUUGGUAUUUCUGGUCAAUUGAAGAGGUUUAGUUGGUCAAGGGAACAUGAAGAUAGUAGAGUUGAUUUUAUUGGAGAAAAGGGUGAUGAGUGUGAUUUGUUUGAAGGGAAUUGGGUUUGGGAUGAAAAGUAUCCAUUGUAUGAAUCAAAAGAUUGCAAAUUUCUUGAUUUAGGAUUUCGUUGCUCUGAGAAUGGAAGACCUGAUUUGUUCUACACAAAAUGGAGAUGGCAACCUAAACAUUGUAAUUUGCCCAGAUUCAAUGCAACAAUAAUGUUGGAGAAAUUAAGAAACAAGCGACUAGUAUUUGCAGGAGACUCAAUUGGAAGAAAUCAAUGGGAAUCACUACUAUGCAUGCUUUCUUCGGAAGUUUCUAACAAAGAAUCAAUUUAUGAAAUAAAUGGCAAUCCAAUUACAAAGCACAAGGGAUUCUUGGUGUUCAAAUUCAAAGAUUAUAACUGUACAAUAGAAUACUAUAGAGCUCCAUUUCUUGUAUUGCAAAGUAGACCUCCAACAGGAGCUUCUGAAGAGAUUAUAACAACCUUAAAAUUAGAUCAAAUGGAUUGGAAUUCUAAAAAAUGGAGUGAUGCUGAUGUUUUGGUUCUUAAUACAGGACAUUGGUGGAAUUAUGAGAAAACUAUCAAAGGGGGUUGCUUUUUCCAAGAACACGAGGAAGUUAAGUUGGAUAUGAAGGUAGAAGAUGCAUAUAAGAGGUCUAUUGAGACAACACUAAAUUGGAUAGAAGAUUUAAUAAACCCUAGCAAGACGCAAGUUUUCUUUCGUACAUAUGCCCCUGUGCAUUUCAGAGGUGGAGAUUGGAAGAAAGAUGGAAAUUGUCAUUUAGAAACACUGCCAGAAAUUGGAUCAUCAUUGGUACCUAAAGAUAAUUGGUCACAAUUUAAAAUUGCAAAUUCUGCAAUAUUAGAACACACAAACACUUCUCAAGUUAUGAAGUUGAAGAUAUUGAAUGUAACAAAGAUGACAGCCCAGAGAAAAGAUGGACAUUCAUCAAAAUAUUAUUUGGGUCCUAAUAAAAAUCCACAUCGUCAAGAUUGUAGUCAUUGGUGUCUUCCUGGUGUACCUGAUACUUGGAAUGAGUUACUUUAUGCCUUGUUUCUCAAAUAUGAAACUUCUUAUAAAUGGAAUUUGCAACAUACUAUACACUAA